AUCACACAGCAGCACAACACACACGAACAACCAAAGAGGUUUCAUACAGUAUACGCACAUUGAUAUUCUUCAGUACUUUGUCAUUUGAAAGAUACCCAAAUCAGCCAUAAUGCGUUACAACACCAUCGCCAUUGCCUUUGCCCUCUCCGCCGUUGGCCUCGCCGACAAACUCGAAUUCGAGGAUGUCCCACGCAAUUGCAUGGACAUUUGCACACCCGUCGUCAAUCUAACAACCGGAUGCGACGACAGAGGUCCAAACGACAACGACUUCGCUGAACGCCAAUGCAUCUGCAACGCCCAGAACGCAAACACCCAGAUCCCCAACUGUGCUGACUGCAUCUGGCGAAACGGCGGCGAAUUCGACAAUGGUAUGUCUUUUCUUCUCUUCCUCUUGCUCCUCACACGUGACUAAUGCUUUCCUUGUAGACGCUCAAGAUCUUGUCCGUGACUGUGGCUUCACUCCAGUCAGCGGCGCGCCCUCAGGUCCUACCCCAA